AUGUUCGGCUCUAGCAUCAACAACAACACCAGCAACAGCGGGGGCGGCUUGUUUGGCUCUUCAAGUACUAACCAAGGCGUCGGUGGUGGUCUCUUUGGAAACAAGCCCGGCUCAACGCCCGUGUUUGGAUCACAGCAACCGCAACAACCACAACAGCAGAAUGCGUUUGGUUCAAGUAAUACGUCGGGUGGACUAUUUGGUCAAUCGCAGUCUAACUCCACUGGCUCGACGGGAUUAUUUGGGUCGAAUCAAUCCAAGCCUUCAACUGGACUUUUCGGCUCGAAUCCGUCGUCUGCAACAACAACAGCAGCAACUUCAAACACGGGUAAUAUGUUUGGCUCUGGUAAUGCAGGAUUUGGAGCCAAGCCAGCCCUGACUGGUGGUGGGCUUUUUGGGAACAAUCUGCAACCAAACACUGGCACGAGCAUGUUUGGAAACAAUGCACAAUCAAACACAGGAACCAACUUAUUUGGUAAUCAACAGUCAAAUACAGGUACAUCUGGAGGAGGUCUUUUCGGAGCAAGUGCCAACAAACCUCCUGCAACGGGCACGACGGGAGGGCUCUUUGGAAGCCAGCAGCCUUCAACGGGUGGCCUUUUUGGAAAUAACCAACGCGCGACUACUGGCACCACUUCGGGUGGUCUUUUUGGAAACAACCAGCUGUCGGCCACGAACACGACAAGUGGGUUGUUUGGAAACAAGCCAAGUACAUCUACAGGAGGAGGCGGUCUUUUCGGUUCAUCAACCAAUUCCCAAGGCGGCGGCGGCGGAUUAUUUGGUCAAAACACUACAAACACGGGAGGCGCAGGACUAUUUGGGCAGCAGCAGCAGCAGCAGCCGCAACAACAACAGCAACAGAGCCAGCCAACUCAACAGUCAUCGUUGUUCUCUUCCAACACCACAAACAAUCAACAGCCUUCGUUCAGUUGGAGCAAAAAUCCACAAACACAGCCAUCCUCAAUCUACCCGUCGACGUCCUUGUUUGGAGACGUUGGUCAAGGUAGCCAGCAAGCCAAUGCAAACCCAAGUUCAUACACUCCAGCCAUCAAUGACCAAUUGACAAAAGUGUGGGAACAAUGGGACCCAAACUCCGCCAAGUGCGGAUUAAAGACACAUUUUUACAAUAAAUUCAAUGAUCAAGAGAUUGGCCAAUUGUUGGCGCAGCCUCGCCCGGCAAAUGAGACAGUCGAAGAUUGGGACAAGGCCAUGUCUGAAAGACCGGGGCCAAAUUUUUUCCCGGUCAAGAUCACUUCGUUCACCGAGGUUGCGCAACGUAUCGAAGCCCAGCUAGAUCAAGUAGCCAAGUCAAGGGUGCUCCUCAAUACCAUCAACGAACGAUUAAAUACUUUAUCGGCAAAGCAUGACUUGGAAAACACCACUAGAAUCUUAAAGGCAAAAGCCAGGCAUACGCAAUUAUCUCGAAGGUUAUUGAGGCUAGCUACAGUACUCGCGAUUCUCAAGUUAAAAGGUUAUCCAUUGUUGCCCGAGGAAGAGGAGAUUGCCAGACAGUUUGAUAUUCUUACAGCUAAAAUCAAUGAUCCAAAUAGCCCGAUUGGCAAAUUGGGAGACAUCUUUGCCAAAUUGGCGGUGCUCAAGGAAAGAGCCGAGGACUUGAAUUCCCAAUUCGACCAAUCGAUGCACAAGUUGAACGGCUCGUUGGGUAACGAAAACCCAGCGAAGGAAUCCAAGGAGGAGAAUGGAAACACUGAUGAUGUAAUCAACAAAAUCGCAAAAGUGUUGUUGAAACAGCAGAUGGGGUUGAAUUAUCUCAACAGCGUGCUAGAGAAGGACUCGGAAAAAGUUCAAAGUUUGAUCAAAUUCAAAUCUAAAUAG